UCCGCUUCAAUGCAUUAAUUAGGGGGUCACCCAAACAUGCCGGAACCGCAUCAAACGAAAGCACAUUGACGACGCCUUGAAACCCGACGCAUCGGACGCUCACUAAGUGUGGUGUGGUGUUCAACCUUAGACGAUUGCGCUGCCGAAUCAAUAUCCUGAUCGCCUUCCCGACGUCUCUUGGCCAACAUGGACAAAAAGAACGAAGACUUCGAGUUGCGGCCCAUGGCCUCGCGGGCUGGAAGCCGCAGUCCUGGAGGCCCCGAAAGAGAUGGAUUUUUGUCGAGAUCUCCAUCGCGGCGACCGCAGCAACAGUCACUGGUAGCGCAGAUCAACAAGGUCGACAACAGCCCAGGCGCCUCGAUCCUGGCGUACUGCUUUUCAUCCAUUAGUAUGACCGUAGUCAACAAGUUUGUUGUCUCGGGCAAGUUUUGGAACCUCAACUUCUUUUACUUGGCCGUCCAAGCCAUCGUUUGCGUCACCACGAUACAGAUUUGCAAGAACGUGGGAAUGAUCCGGGUCCUGGCUCCCUUCGACCAGGAAAAGGCUAAGAAAUGGUUUCCCAUAUCGUUGCUGCUCGUUGGCAUGAUAUAUACCAGCACAAAGGCACUUCAAUUCCUCUCCGUCCCUGUUUAUACCAUCUUCAAGAACCUCACGAUCAUCGUGAUUGCGUAUGGAGAGGUUCUGUGGUUCGGUGGCAGUGUGACACCGCUAGCCCUUCUUUCUUUUGGCUUGAUGGUGCUAAGCUCCGUUGUGGCGGCCUGGGCUGACAUACAGCACGCUAUCUACGGAUCAGUAGGGGAGCAUGAUGCGUCUGCUGCCAUGUCGACUCUUAACGCGGGGUAUGCUUGGAUGGGGUUCAACGUGUUUUGUACUGCUGCCUAUGUUUUGGGAAUGCGCAAAGUCAUCAAGAAGAUGAACUUCAAAGACUGGGACACCAUGUUCUACAACAAUCUUCUUACGAUCCCGGUGCUCAUUGUCUGCUCCCUGCUUCUAGAAGACUGGUCGUCGGAAAAUCUCACGAAGAACUUCCCGCCCGCGACACGUAACGGCCUCUUCGUUGGCAUGAUCUACUCGGGAUUAUGCGCCAUCUUCAUCUCGUACUGUUCUGCUUGGUGUAUCAGAGUAACGUCAUCCACGACAUAUUCAAUGGUGGGAGCGCUCAACAAGCUACCAAUCGCCGUUAGUGGCCUGGUCUUCUUUGCCGCCCCAGUCACAUUUGGCAGCGUAACGGCCAUUUUCCUUGGCUUUGUCAGUGGUAUUGUGUACGCGUGGGCGAGAGUUCGGCAGACGGCAACAUCGAAGAUGUCGCUACCUACCACGCAGCCUAUGAGUGCCAGUUCCAGAAGCAACAACGAUGCCGCAAACUCAUGAGUUGGUAUCAAACUCUGCAUCGCAACCUUUUCGCUGACGAAAGUUGCAUUGCUGGUUUGCUUUCGGCACAACUUCGCUACAACCUUUCGGGGGGCAUCCUGGCGAGGCCGAAUAGCCCAAUGCACAGAAGAAGCUAAGUGUCAUUG